GAAAAAAAACCCCCUGCAAUUUAAUUGAAGGUUUAAGGUAUGAAACAUAAGACGGCCAGUAUACAACUCUCACCGUCUACUGCGUGUAUCAUUUACAAUGUUUUCAGGCCACCUUUUAUUCGAAACAAAGACAUCACUAGAUUAGUUCGCAUUCAUAUUCAAUAUCAGUAUAAUCAAUAUAUUUUACGUUUGGAGUAAUUUAAGACUGUCAUUAUGUUUGAAUUAUUUCAACACACUUUGCCCAUAAACAUUAUUAUUUGUGCUAUUUAACUGACUUGUCAAAACAUGUUCCCGGCUUUCAUGUUAAUCUUAUAUAGGCUCGAACAGAACAAAAGCUGGGUCCAUUUUUUGACAGGUCAAUACACACAUGCAUAUGCUCUAUCGAGGUGGCUAUGAAUGUAGUUAGAUAUUUUAAUUUGUGCAGUAAAGAAUGAAUAAAUUUAUUGUUCGACUUGUUCGACUGCUGGUAUUUUUUGUACCAAUGUUUUUGUAUUUUUAAUAACUUUUACAAAACAUACCGAUAGAAGUACAGUCUUUAACCCCGUGGACAUUAUUUUAUCUAAUAACAAUGUAAAAUCAAAUCCAAGAUGGAAUUUUGAAAUGGGCAUAAACUGGACGUGGAAUUCAGUUUUGGAUAUUUUGAAACAUUUUCCAGGCCGCGGAGAUUUCUUGCAAAUCGAUUCAGAGGGUCCAUCUGUUUUGUACCCAAACAGAAGCAAGUCGGAGGAGUUGAUUAACGAUAAAUUGUCAGUUUUUGUUCUUUUACAUUCACAUAACGAUCCAGGUUAUAGACAUACAUUAGAAGAUUACUACAACUUUAGGGCGAAAAAGGUAUUAUCUUUAGCUGUCCAGAAACUGACAAAAUAUAAAGAUCUGACAUUCAUAUGGACUGAUACAUGUUUUCUUGAACGAUGGUGGAAUGAACAGAACAGUGAAACUAGAAACGAGCUAAAACUACUUGUGCAAUCUGGACGGUUUGAAAUCGCCCUGGGAGCAUGGGUGUCGGCGGACGAAUGUAUCACACACUACUUUGCCUAUUUAGAUCAACUCAUAGAAGGUUACUAUUGGAUACGACAACAUUUGGGCGUGUUUCCAAAAGUAUCUUUUAAUAUGGACCAGUUUGGAUCAUCUGCAUCUGUGAAUUACAUAAGGAGUGUGGCCGGUAUAAAAAUCACAUUUUUGAAUCAUUUACAUAAAGGGACAAAGAAGUAUUUUAGACAGCACAGACUGCUAGAAUUCUACAAUCGGCAGCUUUCGGACAAAACGGGGGACGAGGAUACAUUUAUCCAUAUUGAACCAUUUGAUGAUCUUUCCUUCAAAGGAAGUUGUGGACCAGCCAAAAUGGUCUGCGUGUCACUGGACUUAAGAACAUUCAAGCUUCCGCACCCUGAUGAGCUGUCAUUUAAACUCCCCAAACUUCUGAACGGCAUGCCGUACUGGAACGUGCACCAUUUUGCAGAGGUACUUGUUUCCCAAAUGAAAAUAAAAAGUGACGGUUACUUACAUAAUGUCCUACUGCUUCCGCUAGGGAACGAUAUUCUUUACCACACCGCUGGAGAAUGGACAAAUCAAUACAGAAACCUGAAAAUAUUAAUGGCAUAUAUCAACUCUUAUAAACCUUUUAAAGUCCAUAUACAAUUUGGAACAAUAGAAAAAUAUUAUGAAGAGGUUAUGAGACAAACCAAACGGCAUAAAAUACAAUACGCUUUGGCCGCAGGUGACUAUUUUCCAUACACAAGAGGUCCGAAAUAUUGGAGCGGGUAUUUUACCACUCGCCAGUUUAUGAAACGUCUCGGACGAGAACUUCAGGAAUCCGUACGUGCGGUAGAUCUUUUAAUGUCAUUUCUUGUCUAUAAUGGUCCAGGUUUGAAUAAGCAGAAGACUGAAUACAAAAUAUUUUUGUCGAAUUUGACUUAUGCAAGACGACAGCUAUAUAUAUUUCAACAUCAUGAUGCAAUAACUGGAACGGCAGAAGAGGAAACAGUGAAAGAUUUCAAACAAAGAUUGUCAUCAGCUUUGAUUUUGUCACAGGAAGUGAUGUCAGAGUUACUGAAAAUAGCAUUACAUAUCAGCUGUACACAUACUGCUUUACGAUACAAACAUCCUAACAAAGAAGGAAACUUCAACCUAGUAGGAAAAGUAAGAGAUGUCGUAAAUAUUUCUAUUUUUCCUACUACUGUCAGAGAUAGAGUGGAAGAAUUAACGAAACAGGCUGUGCUAAACGUCAGUGGUGACACAACCAAGUUAAUUAUAUUCAACUCUUUUACUCAGAAAAGAAGGGAACUUAUUACGGUGUCAAUCAAAACUAAAGGAAGUGUUUUAAUCAAGGACCGAAAUGAUUUCAGUUUUGAUUUUGAUGUUGAAAUAUUUAAAGAUAUUAUGAAAGUUACAUUUAUAUCAGAACUUCCACCAGUAGGCAUUUCUGUUUUUAAUAUAGUAACAAAUUCAGAUAAGACAAUUAAACAAGAAGAAACUCCAAAGAAAGGGGAACAGUAUUUUGUUUGUCAAACUCAUGAAAUGAAUUUGACAUGUUCUAUAUGCAAGGGGAUCCCUUUAACGUUGUGUUCAAAGAAAGAAAAUACAUGUUCCAUUUUCCAAAUUGACCUCUUACAUUACACGCCAAUUAGUGAUGCGUAUACCUUUCCGGAUUCUGGAAAAUAUACAAUUAUACAAGACUACUCGUGGCAUCGUAUCAUUAAUGGAAAAACGUUUUGCUCUGUGGAAUUCUUCUUCAAAUUUGUAACGGUGAAGUACGUUCUUCAAAACGUACAUGGUGUGAAUGGAAGACGAGUACAGAUGGAAAUUCACGAUAAUCUAUCUAAAGCAGCUGCGAACAAUUUUGAAAGUCAGUUCGCCGUAAGAGUAAAAACAAAUAUUGAGAACAGAAACACGUACUACACGGAUUCAAAUGGUUUACAACUCAUGAAAAGAACAUUCAGAAAACAUUUAUCUUUUGGUGCAAACGUGUACCCAAUGACCUCUAUGGCGGUUAUACAAGAUAGAUUUCAACGACUCACAGUGCAUUCUAUUCAGCCUAAUGGUGUUGUGAGCAGGGACUCAGGAUCAUUGGAUAUAAUGAUUGACCGGGUUGUAACAGCAUACAGUGAUGGAACGGUCCGUGAAUUCGCAGGGAACACAAAUGACAAUUUACCAACUUUUACUAAACUGUAUUUCCAGCUUGAAAAAUCUUUAUUUUUUAUGCAAGACGGUCAAGCAGAAACGCUGCAACCGUCGUUAGAAGCUGUUAUGACAAAUGAUUUAAUUCAACACCCAGUUCACACAUUCUUCACUCAGUCGAACUUUGCAUGCAGUCAAAAGUCAUUCUCAUUUCUAAAUCGUCAAAUUCCUAGUGAAAUGAUAAUUGCAAACAUGAAGUGUUUAAUAGGAGAUGAAUUUAAUUUGGAUGGACUAUCAAUGACAUUGUUACGUCGAGACGUUUCUAUUAACAGACCAUAUUUGAAAUUCAAUCCGUCUAUAAUAUUUAGAAACGGUUCAGUAACGCUUCAUAACAUGUUUAAAGAUAGUAAUAUAUUCCAUGGUAAUUUUUCUUUCAAACCACUUGAAAUGAAAACAUUUUUAAUCAAAUAGACAUAGCAAGGAUAACUUUAAUCAAUAAUUCCUUGAGCAUUUGUGAAUAUGUUUAUUUAUUCUGUUUUUACAUAGAUCUAUAAUAAAGUUUAGAUCUACUUUUGUUGUUGCUAGAAUGAAAAAAAAAUUACAAUGCAUUUUCCCUGAGAGUUUUGUUUGAUUAUAAAAUACAGUUGUCUGUUUAAGAAAAAGAUAAAAAAUAUCGUUCACAAAGUAUACACCAAGUAGCAAUGAAAAAAGUAAGAUCCGGAGGGAAUGAUAAUUUUAUCUAACAUGUAAAGCAAACAAACUUUGGAUCUCUGGUAAUUUUUGUACGAAUUUGCUAACCCUUUCAACUACAGUGCAAUCUCUCCAGAGCGGCUCUCUCUUAAGCAAAAUCCUCUCUAUAACAACAUCAUCAAAAUUUCCCUAAGCUGGAAUAUAGACCUACUAUCAAAUUUACCUCUCCAGAACAACAACCUUUACAUAACAGACACUAUUUGUAUCUGCCAGAGGGUGUUGCAAUACAGAGGUUGCACUGUAUGUAUGUAGGUAGGGUUAUUGUAACAGUGUCUUGAUGUUGUAUUCGGCUCGAGUAGAUUUUACCGGGCCUGGAUUCUUAGCGAGGUGAUUGCACCGAGUGUGAUCCGACCUGGUAAAAUCCACGAGAGCUAGAGGCAUCAUUGCAGAUCAAAGUACUGUUUUAAAGGCCCGUUUAUUAAAUACAUAGAUUUUAUAUCAGCCAAAAUUGUCAAUAAUAUUAGAUUGAAUUUUCAUUUGAAACGGUGAACGUUUGACGCAUAGAACGUCGAGACACCAUCAUGACGUCAUUUCUGAUGACAUAUUUGACGUCACAACUAAAACAAAUUAUCCCAACAUUGAAUAUUUUUCCGUAUCCGAUGGGAGUUGAAUACCGGUUUUUGUAAUCAUAUGUGAAAUACGUCCUAUGAUAAAGUGUAAGAUUUGAAGAUAUAUUUUUUAUUUUGUAAAAUAAAUGAUUAAAAGUGUCA